AUGACUACCAUUCGGAACGUCUUCGGCCCGCUGACCUUCCCCAACGCCGGGCUCUUUAGACUUUGCUACUCUCCGGAUGGAGUCCAGUGGCAGGAGCUGGAUCCGAGCAUUGCAGUUUUUGGUGCGGAGAGCACGACGAACAAGUUCUGGUGUCCAGUCUCUAGCCUGAAGCGAGAGGAGUGCAAAAUCACUCCCAGCAUCACCGGCUGCGAGUGCACCGGAAAGGUGCAAGGCUACAAGAGGAGCAAUGUGACGGAUGAGUUCAUGCUCCUAGGAAUGCCCAAUCCUGCGUGGCCUCCCUGGAGGGCCAGCCUCACCUAUGUGGACCAGUCUUGCGGCGGCUCGGUGGAUGCAGCGCCCUUCGACAACAAGGUGUCCAACGUGGCCAACGAGAUCGGCUACGAGAUCCACAACUUCGGGCUCAUCAAGGACGGCUUUGACCUCGGCGUUUGGAAGGUCUGCUACUGCGCCGGCUUCGACUUCGACAACGGCGCGGGAGAUGGAGGCACCGUCACGGUUUGCUCCAACAACGCUCCUCAAGACUUCCCCCAGGAGGUGGGGUUGCUCAUCGUCAUCAACGUGCAGUCGCUGAUGAGACAAGCAGGGAGUAGAGACAUCACCGUGUACCCCACGCUGCGCUUUGGGCUCGUGGUGAAUUGCGGCCACGACGGAGUGCUGAACAAGGCCCCGGACUCCGUGUCUGGGGGCUGCUCGACGGGCACGAGCUCGAGAUACAAGAUCAUCAGAUCCUCGGAUCAGAGCUACAAGCCAUACUACGACCCCGAUGCCGGAUGCCGCUUCCUGCCCCAAGCUGCCACUGUGCUGGAGGGCGCGCAGGUGCUGGGUGGGCACUUGGGGCCCACCAACUGCGUGGGUCCCUCCACCUGCUGGGACGAGCCGGAGGAGGUCAUGGGCGGCAAGGCCCCCACCUUCCUGGAUGUUCAAGUGGAUGCGAGCUACGAGAAUCGAGUGAUGAUCGCGGCUACCUACGACGUCUGCUACUGCGAUGAGAACUGCCUCAACAGCGUGUACUGGUUCAAGGCCGGGACGCUGGACGUGGAGCCCGUGGUGACCCGCUUCACCACGGACUACUUGACGGGCUCCUUCGGGGAGAACCCCGCCAUUGUCAACACAGGUCGCCUGCUGGUCUUCCUGGGUCUGGGCACCACCGGCUCCCCAGUCAUGGGCAGCUGGACCGGCGGCACGGAGACGAAGACCCGGGAGAUGAAGCUGUUGAGGGACGACGAUGGGAACGUGGACAAGGAGUCCUGCCUGAACACGCCGCAGCCUUUAGGCAUCUCCGGCCACCGGCUGGUGAGCGGCAAUACCGACUACACGGAGCCGGAGACCAUCCUGGAGGUGCUGGAUCCUGGAAGACCGCGGGGCCAGCUGUAUGGCAAGGUCUGCAACAACGACGUGCGCUGA